GCAAAGUGCUGCUGGGCGCCCACGCACUGCUGGCCAACGGCUCUGUGAUGUCCCGGGUGGGGACAUCGCAAAUCGCGCUGCUCUCCAAGGCUUACAACGUGCCCGUCCUGGUGUGCUGCGAGACCUACAAGUUUUGUGAGCGAGUGCAGACGGACUCUUUCGUCUCCAAUGAGCUGGAUGAUCCCGAUGACUUGAUCAUGAUCAGGCAGGGGGAGGCCCAGCUCAGCGGCUGGGAGAGAACAGUGCCUUGCGCCUCCUCAACCUGGUGUACGACGUGACGCCGCCUGAGCUGGUGGACAUGGUCAUCACGGACUUGGGCAUGAUCCCCUGCACCUCGGUGCCUGUCGUCCUUCGUGUCAAAAACGUGGAUCAGUAGCGGGGGCUGUUGCACGGACCCUGAAUAAACCCA